AGGUGUUUACAUGCGCGUAGUACCCACACAGCUUCGCUUGAAUGAGGUUGUCGCGAGUGAUAACGCGCCGCAGUAAAUAAGCCGUGAUUUAAAUUUUUAAGGAAAUGUGAACAUAUCCCGCAGCGAAAUGCCGCUGCCAGAUCUUUUGAAACGAGCCUCGAGCUAUUUCCUUGGUUUGGAGUUUGAUGAUAACGAGGAACCCCCUGAUUACGUCGACAACGAAAUAUUGUUUUGCAAGAACAAUGUGUGCGUGCAUCCUCCGACCGUUGCAAGGCAUGAACUUGAUAUAGUUCACCAUCCUGGAUACCUCACAGUCACGACUAAGGUGUUUACGGACCAACAUAACAACGCCAAACGACCCACGCUUUUCCUGAACUGGAUUCCGAAUUCGACGCUGCGGAAAUGUCCUUCGGCCGUAGAAACCAGUCCGAGCGAGGAGCUAGUAUGUGCUGGCAAGCCGGCGAAUGCAAAGGAAAUACCCAUGUCCCGCAGUAAUACAAACAGCGCCAAAUUGGACGCUAACAACGAACGUGCAUUUUCUGAUUCCUCAGAAACUACGAGUCUUAAUUCUAACUCUGAUAAGCAAAGUAUUAAAUCAUCUGAUACUCGAUACACACACAAUGACACUACGCAGGAGGAGUUGUCCUCCAGUUCGAAGCCUACUGUUAAGUCUAUAGACUCGGUGAAGGAUAAUAUUUUCAGUAGCUUUGAGAAGGACGAGUCUCGGGAUGAGGUGUUUAUGUACGACAAACAUGUGAGAUCACAGUCAAUGACCUCGGUUAACAUUACGAUUGCUAAUCCAACAAUAGAAAACGUAGAUUUGACCCCUGAUUCUGUGUCGGGGGACAGGUUUAUUAGGUCACUGUCAAUGAGUUCGUGUGACGAGGGCAAUCCAAAUUGGAUGAGUACGCCGGAGUUUUUAGCUCUGAAACACAAUUUGGUGUUUCCUGACAGCGUUCAUAGCUCACCGGUGCCGCAACGUAGAGCUCCUUUAAAAUGUCGAAGGUUUUCAGUAGACUUGAGUCAGAUGCGGUCAUUGCGGCUCUUCUUCAACGAUGACAAUUGCACAUGUGGCCAGUUAGUAGUCGCAUCCAGGGAAUCCCAGUACAAAAUACUCCAUUUCCACUAUGGAGGUUUGGACCACUUGGCACAAGUUCUGCAUCGAUGGCACUCGUUGCUACACAACAUCAAACUUACACCAGGCACUGUUUCCACAGGUUCUGAAGAGCCAAAUCUACCCUACCGUCAUUUUAUGGUAUGCCGUCCAGAGGUACAAAAGUCUGAACAACAUCCUGAAGAAGGGAAGCUUCCCAAAAUAUCUCCCGAAAUAUUCUACGGGAAAAUUAUGAACGGAAAGGGCGUUAUUGAAGACGAUCUAUUUUUGAGGAAAUGUGUAUUUUUCGGAGGAUUGGACAAGGAACUAAGGAGAGAAGUGUGGCCAUUCCUCUUACAUUGCUAUCCGUACAAUUCGACUUAUGACGAACGAGAGAUAAUACUUCAGAUUAGGUCAAGAGAAUACGAAGAAAUUUCGAGAAGAAGACUAGAAAAGAUGACACCUGAGCAGCAUGCAAUUUUCUGGAAGACAGUCCAGUGUGUCAUAGAGAAGGACGUGGUUAGAACGGACAGAGGCAAUCCAUUUUUCGCAGGGGAGAAUAAUUACAACGUAGAAAUUAUGAAGAACAUCUUGUUGAACUACGCCGUAUACAAUCCGAUUUUAGGUUACACACAAGGAAUGAGUGAUCUCUUAGCACCGGUACUGUGCGAGAUAAAAUGUGAGGCAGAAGCGUUCUGGUGCUUUGUCGGCCUGAUGCAGAGAGCGAUAUUUGUGUGCACCCCAACCGACAACGAUAUGGAUAACAAUCUUGUAAGAUACAACAACUGUUUAAUGUCGAAUAAUAGCUACUUACGCGAGCUUAUUAGGAUAAUGUUGCCACAUUUCUACAAGCAUUUGGAAAAACAUGUCGACGCAAUGGAACUACUGUUCUGUCAUCGUUGGAUACUUUUGUGCUUCAAGCGCGAGUUUACGGAGGCCGUAGCACUUCGCAUGUGGGAGGCGUGCUGGGCCAACUACCAGACGGACUACUUCCAUCUGUUCCUCUGCCUGGCCAUCAUUGCCGUGUACGCCGAUGACGUCAUCGCACAGGACCUUAAUACUGACGAGAUGCUGCUGCAUUUCAGCUCUUUAGCAAUGUACAUGGACGGGCGUCUCAUCCUCCGCAAAGCGAGGGGUCUUUUGCACCAAUUCCGACAACUGGUCAGGAUCCCCUGUACUUUAGUGGGCAUGUGUCAGCGAUGUGGCCCAGGCAUAUGGGACUCGACCCAUAGGCCUAGUGUUGAGUGCACUGGCGCCCAUGACUUCUGCAAGUAUGCUGUUCAGUAAGGAAAAUGCAAGAUAUUUGGCAAACCGUCGUGAUUUUGGCAAACCUAUUUGGAAAAUAUGGGCCUUGUAGUUGCUUGAUGAAUGCGGGACAUUUUUAGUGUAGACAGAUCAGUAUUAUUUAAGUUUUUUUUUUUUAAUAGUGCCAUGCAGUGAUUUCAGCUUAUAUUCAGAAGUAAAAAUGCCAUAUUUGUUCGAUAAUCGAACUGGUAGAUUCAUAUGUGAAGACAGUUUGAAUAUGUAAACAUUUAUUUGCGUUGGUAAGAGAAAGCUUAGUACCUAACGGGGUCUCAAAUUAUUAUUGUUAAAAAUACAGUCGAUAUGAUUUGUAUGUAUUAAGAGUUCUAAGUAAGUUAUCGUGUUUUUUUAGAAAGUAACUGACGAAUGAGUGUACAGUCUAACGAAUCGGUCACGUUUUCACAGAAUUCUUGAUAUUUUGUUCGGGUUUUUCAGGACGUAACGCUCUAGUGAAAAUGUGGCCUACAUUUAAUGUCCGUUUUGUACAGAACAUGCUAUGUUAAAUUAUUAUUUAUUUAAAUACGCAUUUAAACAAACUUGAGCCGAAUGGUAACUUCGAAUUGUACAAUGGAUUUAAAGGCCUUAAAGGAGAAGAUUAGAACAACUUCAUUAUUUUCAGAUAUUAUCUUUAAUUGAAACACAAAUGAUUUUAACAGAAACGGUAUACGUAUAACUGUGUAUUGUAAAAAAAUGCACAUCGUACAAAAUCAAUGUAAUUCUAUAAGUACAAAUUAAAUCAGUAUUAAAAACUUGGAAAAUGGUGUCAGUAAGGAAAUUGAGGAUAUGGCUAGGACAUAUCAAAUUGGUAACGAAAAAUGUUCAAUGAUCUUAUCAUUUCUAUUUGUGAAUUAACAAAAUUAAAUAUGUACCUGGUUAAUACCUAUGUAUAUGGAAACUAGAAAAUCUAGGGAGAAUUCAUAUCGAAAAUGGAAACAUACAAAAAUUAUUUGAAAAACGAUGUUUGUAAAAUAUUGUAAAUUUUUAAAAGACUAUUGACUAUUUUAUGAAUUAUUUGAUAGGUUUCUCAAAGCAUCAGCUAAGUAUAUAAUUACUUAAAUUAAAGCGCAGCUGUUAAUGAUAUUUUA